UCGUGUUGCAGAAUCUGGCACCUGUUGGUGAUCUCGUGGAAAUCCGCGAUUGCGUCGCGAUAAGUUUGAUGACCGAGAAGUUAGACCAUCACGUGCAGUCUGAACUUUGUUACACCAGACCUGCUUAUCGUCAAGGUCGAAAAUUUACAGCAGUCAAGGUGUACACGGUUUGCAAUGAAUCGAAGUAUCUACUAAUUCAAGGAGUCCCAUCAGUGAAAUUGGACCAGGAAAUGAAGAAGGCGUGUGAGAAAUAUGGAAAACUCGUUUCGGCUGAACGUCUAGAAGAUUAUCCCCCGUUGGAGCAAUUCACCGAAACGUGGCUAGUAUGCUACCAGUUUCUGGCAUCUGCCAGGCACGCGAAGCGUUUUCUGGACGGCAAGAAUUUCUUCGGUGGCAUACUUCAUGUCUGCUACGCUCCCGAAAAAGAGUCUGUAGGUGAUCUGAGGCAGAAGUUGAAAUCGAGACGAGAUGACGUGAAACGGCGCUUGCGAAGACUAGCGAAUCAAGCAACCCGCCCUUCUGAUUGAGGAUCUCGUCUGGCUUUUUUUCCAGUGCUUAAAUAAUUAUUUCUUCGUGUAA